AUGGAAGAUAUUUUCAAAAUAAAGCAAGGAGAUUCGGAGCUGCUCAAAGAAUUCGUAGACAGAUUCCAGCGUGAAAGGAUGAUGUUGCCACGCGUACCUGAUAACUGGGCAGCUAUGGCUUUUGCCAGCAAUUUAAAUGAGAAAAGUUUAGAAACCACGAGAAGACUCAAGGAAAGUCUACGUAAAUUUCCAGCAACAACUUGGAAUGAUGUUUACUACAGAUACAAUACAAAGUUGCGGAUAGAAGAAGAUACCAUCUCUCGGUCUCAAAAAGAGGAGAGGGUAAGUUCGAGAUGUGCUGAAAUUGAAAAAAGAUCUGGUAAAAACAGGUACGAGCCCUACAUGGGACCAGCAGGAAAAGACUCGCGUACAAAGCAGGAUAACUCAAGAUACUAUCAUAGAUCGAGAGAUAGAGAAUCAGGCUCAUCAUCAAGGUUUGGAAAAGAGCGAAACGCGCGAGAGACACGAGAUGAUGAUAGAGGCUCAAAGGCGAUGUUUGACGGGUAUAAUUUCAAUGGUAGCACAUCAGAGUUAGUAGCAGUAUUAAGAAGCAUGGGAGAUAAGGAAGGCCCCCCUAAACCUACUUCACUAAAAAGGACUGUUAAUGUUAUAAGCGGAGGAGAAGAAAUUAAUGGCGUAACAUAUACGGCAGCCAAGAAAGUUUCAAAAAUUAAUGUCACAUACGGGAAGCGAGUUCGACGUGUUUUGGAAGAAGAAAAUGUUACAUUUGAUGAUGCAGAUGCAGAUGGUAGCUCCGUGAACAUCAUUUUGCUAAGAGUGGUAAACGAAAUACAAGCUGAAGAUAAGCUGAUACCCAAGGCGCAUACCUUAUAUGGUUUUGACAACUCGAGCGUCGUAACAAAAGAAGAGAUAAUACUCACAACUUUUUCAGAAGGAGUUGUUAAAGAUACGAAAUUUCAGGUGGUAGAGAUGGAUAUGGCUUAUAAUAUGAUUCUCGGUAGACCAUGGAUUCACGAAAUGGAUGUUGUGCCAUCUACCCUGCAUCAAAUUAUAAAUUCCCUUCACAAUGGGGAAUACGUCAAAUCCGUGGUGAUCAGCAGACAUCUAGGAGCAUCAACUCCGUAG